AUGACCUCAGUGGUCGCGCUUGCCAGCGCACUCUUCAACACCGCGCUCGCAGCCCCAGCUCUACACCCGCGCGCAACAGCAUCCGACCCCUUCGCCAUCCUCGACCCGCAACAAUGGGUAAAUCCCGACAACAUGACCUGGUCCGACUUCGUCGCGCCCCCGGGCACCAACUGGGGCGACACCUCGCGGCAAGGCGCAGACCGCAACUUCAACAUCGCCAUGGUGACGGUCGACUACCCGGACUCGCCCUUCGUCGUAACCCUGGCCGCCAACUCCGACAUCUUCGGCAACCCACAGCCUCUCGCAGCCGGCCUGGCGCGCGAAGACGUGCCGGAGUUCUACAGGGCGCUGUUGAAUACGCCCAGCGAGCUGAACCGCAACCACACGCUGCACGAGUACUGGAUGGGCGACUCCUUCGGCAAAUACGGCGUGAAUUUGACCGUCUUCGGGCCCUACCGCAUGCCCAGCAAGAGCUAUCAGUAUGGGAUUGACGAUGAGGAGGGUGGGUUUAACGAGGGCGCAUGUCCCGCAGGCGGAGGGCCCUGCUCCGUCGACCUGCGCACCGACGCGCUGGGCGCCUGGCGCGCAGACGUGGGCAACGAGACGGCGGACGGCUUCGAGCUCGCCUUCAUCCUCUCCGCAGGCCAAGACGAGUCCUCGACGUGGCAGGAGUUCGGCGAGAUGAAGUUCCUCACGCCAGACGACGUGCCCGACGAGUUUGGCCCGCCGGGGAAUAGCUCCCUGCCUAACUACGCGCACACGCGGUACGUUGAGUGGACGAGCUGGGCUGCGGCGUCGACCAUCUGGCCGAAUGCGGGAGGGGGUUCGUCGACGCAGGGCGAGAGCUCCGGGAUGGCGACUUUCGCCCACGAACUCUCGCAUCUGCUGGGAAUCGGCGAUAACUACAACAACCCCUUCAGCAAUCCCCCACGCCGCACCUACACAGGCCCCUUCUCCAUGCUUUCCCGCGGGUCUUUCAACGGCCCAGGGGGUCCCCAUACACGCUGGCAGAUUCCCCCCGUGCAAGGCGCCUCCAUGGGCUCUCUCCACACCAUGCGCGACAAGCACCAAAUCUCGCUCAUAGACACCACGCCCAUCCUGCAAAUCUCCCGCGCGGGGCUCGCCAUCUCUGGCCCCGUCGUCGCCGAAAUAACAGCGCGCUCCGUCGACCCCGGCGCCGGCGGGCUCAUAGGCUUCAACAUCUCGUUCGGCGCCGCCGGCGACCUCUCCCCCUUCUGCAACGUGUCCGCCGACGCGCUGUGCGACGGCGGCAAAUACGACAACUACAACAUGGAAGUCGUCGACCGCAUGGGCGCCGACAGUUUCUGCCCGGACAGCGGCGUGAUGAUCAGCAAGACCAAGAACUCCGACGAAGAACAGCCCUUCCAGUGGAUGAUCGAUGCAAACCCCCAGGAUGCGCAUGUCGUCGAUUUCUACUUGCCCAACGGCACGGCGCGGUACUGGAGUAUUGGCGAUUACAGACAGCUGGUUGACGCGCUGUUCCACGCGGGGACGCGGAGCGGGAGCCAGUUCGAGUAUGUGGAUGGCGCGAAUGGCUUGCAUUUAUACGUUGUUGAUGUGAACCGCGAUGAGGCCGGGGUGCUGCAUUACACCGUCGGCGUAGCGUCUGCCUCCUCUAGCAACGCAACGUCCACGUCCACAUCCGCCAACAAAUACGGCCUCGAACUCAGCGCCGGCACCCUCGAGACGCUCUCCUACGGCGCCACACCCUCCGACGGCGCGUUCUGCACCUUCGAACUGAAGAACACGGGCGUAGCCGGAAACUUUACAAACCCGCACCCCCAGGACCUGUCCAAGUACCUGGGCUCAGACAUCUAUCGGCUGAGCGCAGAAGUGGACGGCGCGGGCUGGAAAGUCGCGCUCCCGAACGCGCUGGCGACGGCUAAGUUCGGGGCGUCGACGACGACGAAGGUGGCUGUGGGCGCGGAAGGCGAGGGCUAUGCGGUGAGUAGCGAGGCGACGGUGACGCUGACGGCGACGAGCGAGAGUGAUCCGAAGGUGAGGGUUAGUAGGACGUGUAAGGUUGUGGCGUGA